AUGUUUAUGCAGUGGUCAGCUGUUUUACUUCUUGGAUGUAUUUUGCUGGGAACAGACGGGUGGCCAGCCAAGGAAGGAUACGACUUUCGGCCUUAUCAGCCCCUAGUAAGAUUACGCCACAAGCAGGAAAAGAAUCAGGAAAGCUCAAGAAAUAAAGGGUAUAUGGGUCAAGACGGCCAUUUUGGAUCAUGUGAGAACAAGUACUGCGGCUUGGGUAGGCACUGCGUUGUGAAUGGGGAGACUGGCCAAGCUGAGUGUGUGUGCAUGGAGCACUGCAAACCACAUUACAAGCCUGUGUGCGGUUCUGACGGAGAAUUCUAUGAAAACCAUUGCGAAGUGCACAGGGCUGCUUGUCUAAAAAAGCAAAAGGUCACCAUUAUACACAACGAAGAUUGCUUCUUCAAAGGGGAUAAAUGCAAACCUACUGAAUACGCCCAAGUGAAAAAUAUGUUACUGGAUCUACAGAGUCGGAGAUACAUUGCACCGUCAGAAGAUAAAGUUGUUGAUGAGAAAAUGGCUUUAAAGAAACUUCUUGUAGAUCAGAUGUUUCAUUAUUUUGAUUCAGACAACAGUGGACUUGUGGACACUAAUGAAUUAUCUCAGGUAAUAAAACGGGAUGAGCUUGGCAAGGAUCUGUCUGACUGCUCUCUGUUUGAUUUGCUGAAAUAUGAUGAUUAUAAUGGUGACAAGCACCUAGCUCUGGAAGAAUUCUAUAGAGCUUUUCAAGUAGUUCAGCUGAGUCUGCCUGAAGAUCAAAAACUAAGCACAACUGCAGCAACAGUGGGACAAAGUGUGGUCUUAAGCUGUGCCAUCCAGGGAACUCUGAGACCUCCCAUCCUCUGGAAGAGGAACAAUUUUGUUCUGAAUAGCUUAGAUUUGGAAGAUAUCAAUGAUUUUGGAGAUGAUGGGUCCUUGUACAUUACUAAGGUUACCACAACUCAUAUGGGAAAUUACACCUGCUAUGCUGAUGGCUAUGAUAAGCUCUAUCAAACUCAUAUUCUCCAAGUGAAUG